UUCCGCGGCGGGGCCGGGCCGGGCCGGGAUUGGCCGCGCGGCCGCCUCGCCCCAGAAUGCAGCGCAUGGCGCGUCAUUGAAGAGAGACCAUGAUGGCGGCGGCCGCGGCGGCGGCGGGGGGUGCCCCCGAGGUGAUCGCCCAGCUGGAGAACGCGGCCAAAGUGCUCAUGGCACCACCUUCCAUGGUCAAUAAUGAGCAACGCCAACAUGCUGAGCACAUAUUCUUGUCAUUUAGAAAAUCAAAAUCACCAUUUGCUGUUUGCAAACACAUUUUGGAAACUAGUAAAGUGGACUAUGUCCUUUUUCAAGCUGCUACAGCGAUCAUGGAAGCAGUUGUAAGAGAAUGGAUUCUUUUGGAAAAAGCUAGCAUUGAGUCACUGCGAACAUUCCUUCUAACCUAUGUCUUACAAAGGCCUAACCUUCAAAAGUAUGUUCGGGAGCAGAUUUUAUUAGCAGUAGCGGUGAUAGUGAAACGGGGCUCAUUGGACAAAUCAAUCGACUGCAAAAGCAUUUUUCAUGAAGUCAGCCAGCUGAUCAGCAGUGGUAACCCCACUGUGCAAACUUUGGCCUGUUCCAUUCUAACGGCGUUGUUGAGCGAGUUCUCAAGUUCAAGUAAAACCAGCAACAUUGGACUAAGCAUGGAGUUCCAUGGUAACUGUAAACGUAUAUUUCAGGAGGACGAUCUGCGGCGGAUCUUCAUGCUCACAGUAGAGGUACUUCAGGAAUUCAGCAGACGUGAAAACCUCAGUGCUCAGAUGUCUUCAGUGUUUCAGCGUUAUCUUGCACUAGCCAAUCAGGUCUUAAGCUGGAACUUCCUUCCUCCAAAUUUGGGCAGACAUUAUAUAGCUAUGUUUGAAUCCUCACAAAAUGUGAUGCUAAAGCCAACAGAAUCCUGGCGUGAGACCCUCCUGGACAGCAGAGUUAUGGAGCUUUUCUUUACAGUACAUCGAAAAAUCAGAGAAGAUACAGAUAUGGCCCAAGAUUCAUUGCAGUGCCUGGCACAGCUGGCGUCUUUGCACGGGCCAGUCUUUCCUGAUGAAGGUUCACAAGUUGAUUACCUGGCACACUUCAUUGAGGGAUUACUGAAUACUAUCAAUGGAAUUGAAAUAGAAGACUCUGAAGCAGUGGGAAUUUCCAGUAUUAUCAGCAACCUGAUAACUGUAUUUCCUCGUAAUAUUUUAACGGCCAUUCCAAAUGAACUUUUCUCUUCAUUUGUUAACUGCCUCGCACAYCUCACCUGUUCAUUUGGAAGAAGUGCUGCCUUGGAAGAAGUGCUUGACAAAGAUGACAUGGUGUAUAUGGAGGCAUAUGAUAAGUUGCUGGAAUCUUGGCUUACUUUGGUCCAAGAUGACAAACAUUUCCAUAAAGGUUUCUUUACCCAACAUGCUGUUCAAGUCUUUAAUUCCUACAUUCAGUGCCAUCUAGCCGCUCCUGAUGGCACAAGGAAUUUGACUGCCAAUGGUGUGGCCUGUCGGGAAGAAGAAGAAAUAAGUGAGCUGCAGGAAGAUGACAGAGACCAGUUCUGUGACCAGUUGGCCAGCGUAGGCAUGCUGGGGAGGAUUGCUGCAGAACACUGCAUACCUCUUCUCACAAGUUUGUUAGAAGACCGAGUGACAAGGCUCCAUGGACAGUUGCAAAGACAUCAGCAGCAGUUACUUGCCUCACCAGCAUCAGGCUCAAUUGACAAUAAAGUGCUUGAUGACCUGUAUGAGGAUAUUCAUUGGCUUAUUUUAGUCACAGGCUACCUCUUGGCUAAUGAUACUCAGGGAGAGACUCCGCUAAUACCUCCAGAAGUAAUGGAAUAUUCCAUUAAACAUUCAGCUGAGGUUGACAUYAAUACCACACUUCAGAUUCUGGGAUCUCCAGGAGAAAAGGCCUCUUCCAUCCCAGGGUACAACAGAACUGAUUCUGUAAUUAGGUUGUUAUCUGCUAUUUUAAGAGUGUCAGAAGUAGAAUCUAGAGCAAUAAGGGCAAAUCUCACACACCUCCUGAGCCCUCAGAUGGGCAAAGAUAUUGUAUGGUUUCUCAAGCGCUGGGCAAAGACUUACCUCCUAGUAGAUGAAAAGUUGUAUGAUCAGAUAAGUCUGCCAUUUAGUACAGCAUUUGGUGCUGAUACAGAGGGUUCCCAAUGGAUUGUGGGUUACCUUUUAGAAAAAGUGAUCAGUAACCUGGCAGUAUGGAGUUCAGAGCAGGACCUUGCAAAUGAUACUGUACAACUGCUAGUAACAUUAGUGGAAAGGAGAGAGCGGGCAAACUUAGUUAUUCAAUGUGAAAACUGGUGGAAUUUAGCUAAACAGUUUGCAAGGCGAAGCCCUCCUCUGCACUAUUUGUCUAGUUCUGUUCAGAGAACAUUAAUGAAAGCUUUAGUUCUAGGAGGUUUUGCUCAUAUGGAUACAGAAACAAAGCAACAAUACUGGACAGAGGUUCUUCAGCCACUUCAGCAGCGAUUCUUGAAUGUGAUAAACCAAGAAAACUUUCAGCAGAUCUGUCAGGAAGAGGAAGUAAAACAAGAAAUCACUGCUACAUUAGAAGCACUCUGUGGCAUUGCUGAGGCUACCCAGAUUGAUAAUGUAGCAAUUCUCUUCAAUUUCCUAAUGGACUUCCUUAAUAAUUGCAUUGGAUUAAUGGAAGUAUAUAAAAACACACCAGAGACUGUUAAUCUCAUAAUAGAAGUCUUUGUUGAAGUUGCACAUAAACAAAUUUGCUAUCUUGGAGAGGCCAAAGCCAUGAACUUGUAUGAGGCCUGCCUAACUCUGCUCCAGGUGUAUUCCAAGAAUAAUCUAGGUCGACAACGGAUAGAUGUUACAGCAGAAGAAGACCAGUACCAGGAUCUCCUCCUUAUUAUGGAGCUUCUCACAAAUCUUCUGUCAAAAGAAUUCAUAGAUUUCAGUGAUACAGAUGAAGUAUUUAGAGGACAUGAGCCUGGGCAAGUUACAAAUAGAUCUGUAUCAGCAGCAGAUGUUGUCUUAUAUGGGGUUAAUCUAGUUCUGCCUCUAAUGUCACAAGAUCUGCUGAAGUUUCCAUCCCUAUGUAAUCAAUAUUACAAAUUAAUCACUUUCAUAUGUGAGAUAUUCCCUGAGAAAAUUCCACAACUUCCAGAGGACCUCUUUAAGAGCCUAAUGUACUCACUGGAGUUAGGGAUGUCAUCAAUGAGCUCAGAGGUUUGCCAGCUCUGUCUGGAGGCUGUAACACCAUUAGCAGAGCAGUGUGCAAAAGCACAGGAAACAGAUUCAACCCUUUUUCUAGCAACGAGGCAUUUUCUUAAGAUGGUUUUUGAUAUGCUGGUACUUCAGAAGCACAAUACAGAAAUGACAACWGCAGCAGGUGAAGCAUUCUACACAUUAGUGUGUUUGCAUCAGGCUGAAUAUUCAGAGUUAGUUGAAACAUUGCUAUCAACUCAACAAGAUCCAGUAAUUUAUCAGCGGUUAGCGGAUGCCUUCAACAAGCUUACUGCAAGCAGCACUCCUCCUACACUGGACCGUAAGCAGAAGAUGGCCUUCUUAAAGAGUUUAGAAGAAUUUAUGGCAAAUGUUGGUGGACUUCUCUGUGUAAAAUAAACAACAAAACUCUAUGCCUAAUUUAGACCCUUUCUGCAAAAUGCACUGAGAAAUGCUGAAUGCUGACUAAAUCUUGUACCUGUCUCUGGGUUCUUUGCAGCCAUCUCAGAUUCUAGAGAGCCUGGAAGUUUGAACAUAACACCAUGGAAUAGGAGAGGUCAACUUUGAAUCAGCUUCUGCUAUUAUGUGUUAGCUGCAAUCUGUCAUUCUUGGGUGUGGAAGAGAAUGAACAGAAAAUUUGAACUGAAUUUUUUUUCCAUUUAUGCGCAAACAGAUAUGGGCACAAUGAAAUAAAUGCAGUGCCUUUCCCCCUGCACUGGUUUAAAAGAUGAGUGAUAGUAUAAAUAUACAGAUUUCUACCCAGAAAAUCAUGUUAGAGUGUGAUGCAGAUACAUAUAAAGCUCUAAACAGUUUAGCUGAUUUUAAGCUUUAUUUUUCCUCUCUUAAAGUUUGAGUUUGUGUUCCAGUGGGGAAGAAAAACCAAAUGGUAUUUUAACUUGUGUUUAGUUCUGUUUUUCUACAUCAAUCUGACAUUGCAGGUUUAAUGCAGUGCAGAUUUUUACAUUAUGUUCUGCUGCCUAAAGUUCAGAGGAAAAAAAAGGUGUAUAUUUUUGUUCCCCUAAAAUGAACUUUAGGAAUUGUAGCCAUUUCAUUGCCUUAAUUUAAAAGAAAAAAAAUAAAAAAAGCUCAUAUACUUUAGGUAAGAAAUUUAAGGCAAGAUUUGACUCUUCAGAGUUGGUUUAGGAUGUUGGCACUGAGCAGCUGCAUACCUGUUGCAGCCCUUCGUGUUGACUUGUCAUUUUGGAAUGAGUGUCCAGUGCAAGGUUCAUGUGUAGUUUUACUUUCAGUAUCUGUUUUGAUUCUCACCUGGGUUGCACGCAACUACAAUGUAUUUCUACACUGAACUGUUUGCUUAAGCAAUAACAACCCAGAAGCUGUGAAUUACUGGCWAAUUUUGUAAUGUUGGGGCAUUAGCUAAAAUAAUUAUGCUAGCACAGGGGCAUCAAACCCUUUUACUCAAGCAUCAUGUUGUUUGACUCCAGUGGGGAAGGGUAAUUGGAAAGUCUAGUGCUGUAGGAGACUUGUUUUUGCUGAAUCUGGCCCCAUUUCUGCAGAGCUCUCCCAGCUGCUCUGCUCUUGCUUGGUUUUUUAUAUCAGCACUUUAGCUUUUAUCAUAGCAGAACAUAGUGCCCUGCAUAUACAGAACCAACAAGGGACAGCAGCACAUGAAUAUGAAAGCAAGGCCUGCUUUGUCUCCUGUCAUGAGCCAGAGGAAACGGAAGCAACACAAAUGCUGCAUGUCUAGUAAAAUUAUUUUUGUGGAAAUAUACAGAGGCAGAAGUGGRCCCUUCUGUUUAAGGUUUCUGCUAGAUUAUGCUGUUGAAAAUUUCCCAUGUGUUUUUAAAAUUUAUAUAAAAAGUCUGGUAUACACCUUUAUAUGACUAUGUAUARCUUUGUGUUUGCAAUUCUGUGCCAUUCUUCAGCUAUUCAUCUCAAAAUUACUCACAAUAGCCAGAAUCUCACAACAGACACAAAUCUCUAAUACUGUGCUAUAAGUGAUCUAAGACUCUUUUUUGUUUGGUUUUUUUUUUUGU